AUGGCUCGGCAGUUCUUCUUCACCUGCAUGGAGGAUGGUCACGCGCAGCCCUCGUCCUUUCAGCUGCGGGUGCCUUCCCCGGAUGUGCCGGCAGCAGACCUCAGCGCCUGUGUAAGGGACCGACUGGGUCUGCUUCCCGGGGUUCCAUUCUUUGUGACGGAGGAGCCUGAGGUGGGACGCCCGCCUAGCGACAUAGCCGUGCCUCUAUGUUCGCUGCUGCCGGACGGCAGCCGUCUACGUGUGGUUCUGCCUAAUGGGCGGCGGUCACCCAUGGAGACCUUGGAAAGGCCGCAGCCACUUCCGGUCACUGGCGAGAUGCCUGGAGAGGCCACGCUGGCUGAGGCUUCAGAAGGCCGCUGCUGUCGCCUGGUGUCCGAGCCGGUCGAUUCGAAGCAGCUGAGCAUCGAUUUGGCCAAUGAGAGGACGUUGUUGGCUUGGGUGCGCACAGGCUUGGCAGCAAUCCGGACGGUUUUCUCUUUCGCCACGCUCUCUGGCCUUACAAAAGGUGAGCUUGUCGUGGAUGUGUUUGUCACGCUGGUCCUUUCCUGCUCGGGAUUGGCGACGCUUCUGGUAGGGUGGACACGCUUCGCUGCUGUCCGCAAAGGAGCCCCAGGGACUCGACGGGUGGCCAUCGGUCCGCUGUACACUGCCUUCGUCUUGGUUGCAGCAAUUUGCCUACUGGGGUCGCUGGUACGUCAGCCAAAGCGCUUUCAGCUCCAGGAUCCUUCUCCACUCCACUUGGCAGCCGAGACUGCCUGGACCCUUGCGCUGGGCUGA